AUGCCAGUCCCGGCCAUUCAUCCUGUCGUGGUGUCUUUAGUCGUUCGAGACGAAAGAAAAGCUGAUUAUGUUCUGAACAGGUUCGAAAAAUCGCUUUACGACCUCAUCAGGGGCCUUCGAAACCACAAGGGCAAUGAGAAGGAAUAUAUCCAAAAGACGUUGAAAGAAUGCAGGGCCGAAGUUCGCAGCCAAGAUAUGGACGUCAAGGCGACGGCCCUCCUGAAGCUUGUCUAUCUCGAGAUGGUGGGCUACGACAUGUCCUGGGCGUCAUUCCAUGUUUUAGAGGUCAUGUCGUCUCCGAAAUAUCAUCAGAAAAGAGUGGGAUAUUUGGGUGCGGUACAGAGCUUUAGGCCAGACACUGAGGUUCUCAUGCUGGCCACCAACUUGUUGAAGAAGGACCUUGGGUCUUCUACUCAAACUGUGAUUUCUCUACCCAUUGCUACGCUCCCACACGUCAUUACGCCAUCUCUAGCUCUCUCGACACUCGCAGAUCUCCUCCCUCGACUCGGGCACAGUCACUCCAAUAUUCGAAAGAAAACGCUGGUAACACUCUAUCGACUGGCACUUGUGUACCCAGAGACUCUUCGUGCAGCAUGGCCCAAGAUAAAGGAACGCUUGAUGGACCCUAAUGAGGACCCAAGUGUGACGGCAGCUAUUGUAAAUGUGGUGUGCGAAUUGGGAUGGCGAAGACCGCAUGAUUUCCUUCCCCUUGCACCUCGAUUAUUUGAGCUCCUUGUUGAUGGAGGUAAUAACUGGAUGGCCAUCAAGCUCAUCAAACUGUUUGCCACUCUUACACCCCUCGAACCUCGUCUGGUGCGAAAGCUGCUGCCGCCCCUGACCAACAUAAUAGCAACCACACCCGCCAUGUCACUAUUGUACGAGUGUAUAAACGGUAUUAUUCAAGGUGGCAUCCUAGGAAGUACAGAUGAUCCUGCAGACACGGAUGAGAUUGCAACACUCUGCGUCAACAAGCUGCGAGGCAUGGUGAUGAUUAAUGGCGAUCCAAACCUCAAAUAUGUUGCACUGCUGGCUUUCAACAAAAUUGUUGUCACGCAUCCACAUCUUGUGGCACAGCAGGAAGACGUCAUUCUGGAAUGUAUUGACAGUCCGGAUAUCACCAUCAGGAUCCAGGCACUAGAUCUGGUUCAAGGAAUGGUCAAUGGCGACAACCUCAUUCCGGUUGUGAGCCGGCUAAUGAAGCAGCUCAAAUCUUCAGCACCCGUAGAAGAAAGGAACGUAUCAGGAGCCCUGUCACUAGAUCCCAGCUCUGAUUCUGAUGACGAAGCCCAAAUUGCGAUUAACGAGCCUGCAAAGGCAGAAAGCCAAGCAGCACCACUACCUGAAGAUUACAGACUCGACGUCAUCGGGAGGAUACUAUUCAUGUGCUCAAAGGACAACUACUCCAACGUACUAGAUUUUGACUGGUACAUCGACGUGCUGACACAACUUGUUCGCAUGGCGCCAGUUCCGAGACAGUUUGAUCCCGAGAAUAUGUCCGCCCCAUCGCGAUCGUCCACAGAUAUCUCAGGUAGAAUAGGAGAUGAAUUGCGAAACGUCGCGGUCAAGGUUCGAGCCAUGAGAUCUACGGCAGUGCGAGCCGGAUUCACGAUUCUAGCGCAACUUAACGCAGACACUCCUGCUGGCCACAAAGUGACAUCUGGGGCGUUAAAUUCAGUAACCUGGCUCUUGGGAGAAUAUGCCGUUCUACUUCAAGAUCCAGAUGGAACAAUGAAUAGCUUGCUGCAGCUGGUACCUCGUGCUGCAAGACCCGAGGUCUGCGCUACCGCGCUUCUUGCGAUUGCCAAGAUAUUGGCCACAAUAGCUGGUGAUGAAACACAACCGUGGACGGCUGAGCGGAAGUCUAGGAUAUCGCUUCUGAUGGCCAGGAUCCUUCAUGUGGCGGAUCCCUUGGCAUUACAUCCAAACCUUGAGGUGCAAGAGCGAGCUGUUGAGUUUGUGGAGCUACUGAAGCUUACGGCAGAGGCUGCUGCAGGGCAGCCUGCAUCAACAGAUGAGGCUCCCCAAGACCCUCCUCUCCUUCUCACACAGGCAAUCCCCUCGCUAUUCAAGGGCUCAGAGCUCAACUCCGUUGCCCAAGGAGCGCAACACAAUGUACCAAUGCCCGAUGGAUUGGACCUUGACGAACCAAUCCACUCCAAUCUCACACAUCUAUUGUCGACAGCAGACUUGGUAACUCUGGAUACGGAUGAAUCAGAUGAAUUUGAAGUAUACUACAACCAGCGACCAGCUCCCACGGCUGUCUCCUCAUCGGCUCCUGCGAUUACUAGGCUCUCAGACCCGACGGACGAAAUGGUUGGGUCAUAUCAACAGCCAAGUGAAGAGAGCUAUCUUGACGCAGAUAUUAUUGCAAGACGCAAGGCAGAACGUCUUGAACGCAACAAGGAUGAUCCAUUCUACAUACCCAGUAACGACACCCCACGAGCAUCGACCCCAAUUCACAAUAUCCUUCAGAAUAGCAACGGACCAGAUCUUGAUAUUGACUCCAUACCCAUCAUGAAACUCGACCUCGAUAGCGUGACGAGACCCGCUGUCCAACAAGCACCCAGACCGCAACCGAAGCCACGACAAAAGAUCGUGAUUGCUAGCGACGAGACUCUUGGAGGCGGUGAUGGUGGCAGUACCCGGCAGUACGACUCAGAGAACAACUCUGAUAACGUUGGCAAGGCGAAGAGCAAAAAGUCCAAGCAUUCCUUGCUACAAGUAGACUCGAGUCACAUUGGCUCAUUUAGUCUUGAAGGCGCACCGGCCAAUGGGUUCGAAUACGAGCAGCAGCAACGCGAAGAAGCAGAGAUGCAACAAGCCAUGAAGGAAGUGGAACGGCUACGGCUGGAAAUGCAGCGUGCCAACGAACGCAUCCAGGUUGCCCAGGGGGUCAAUGCCGAAGGUACCGUUGUCAAAAAGAAGAAGAAGAAGGUGGUAAAGAAGACGGGAGAAGAGGAAGUAGGCCCAGACGGCGAAGUUGUAAAGCCGAAGAAGAAGAAGAAGAAGGUCAAGCCGGAGCAGGAACAGGAACAGCUCCUCAGCCUAGAGACGGAGGGAGUGGGAACGCCUUCGGUGGGGGAGUCUGGUUCAGUGGCUGAUACGGCUGUGACGGGUGGAAGUAGUGUAAUGACUGAUGAUGUGGUCUUGCCCAGGAAGAAGAAGACUGUUAAGAAGAAGAAGAAGAUGGCAGAGAUUGAGGACUUGAGUUAA